AUGUUUGGUCUCGGGUCAGCGUUCUAUCUGAUCCUCUUCAUCACAAAUGCGUUAGCGGUCUUGUCGGAAGAACGCUUUCUAGCCAGAGUCGGGUGGUCGUCACAUUCGCUAGCGAGCCAAUCUAGUGCGUUCGAUCAAGGAUUCCAGUCGAACCCGUAUGCCUCAUCCGCAGCCGACGUGACGAUCAAGGCUAGGCUCAUCAACCUCAUCUCUGCUGUCCGCACAUUGAUGCGAAUGGCGAUCAAUAUCGUCGUCGUCAUCUACCUCAUCGUUCUCGGUUGA